GGCAAACGAAACACAUUUCUUUCCACUUUAGCCGAAGCAGACGACCGAGAUAGGUGAAAAUUUUCAGAAAAACAUCUUCUGGAUUAUUGAGAACCGUUUUCUAAUUGGUUACGAAUAAGUGGAUUUUUUAAAUUGAUAUAUUCCGAUUGCUGUUAAAAAUAAAAUAUUUCAAAAUAAAAAUAAGUGUAAAUUCAAAGUGAGAUUUUGCCAUCGUUGAAGUGCUUUGCAACGCAGUUAGCGAAGUACCACCGCGCUGGCCGCAGUAGCGCCGCCAUUAAAAAACUAAAGUAAUACGUCGCGUUUAGGUCAAUCUGCUCGUCGCGCUGUACCUGGGAAAAGAUAUUUGUGAACUUAAGAGCAAAAUCAGCUCAUAUACUGUUAUUUUUCACAAAUUAUUCCCAUCUGAAUAAUUUUGGAUUACUUUUUGUUGAAUAUUUGGAGAAGGAAAUAACGCAAAAAUGAGUGGCGGAAUGCCCGAGUUGGGCUCUAAGAUCAGCUUGAUCUCAAAAGCUGACAUUCGUUAUGAGGGCCGCUUAUACACCGUAGAUCCACAGGAGUGCACUAUUGCUUUGUCGAACGUUCGCUCCUUUGGAACUGAAGAUCGAGAGACGCAGUUCCAGAUUGCACCUCAAAGCCAAAUAUAUGAUUACAUUCUUUUUCGUGGUUCUGACAUCAAAGACAUUCGAGUCGUAAACAACAGCCUUCCGCAUCCAAAUGAUCCGGCUAUAAUGCAAGUACAACUACAAAAUGGGCAGCAUAUGAUGCCACAUUUCCCUAUGCCGAAUAUGAAUCCUCCACAUGCGCCCCCCAUGAGUGCUGUUGGUGGUUACGGCAAUCCCUUUGGCAUGGGAGGUUUGGGAAUUGGUGGAUCUGGAGGUGCUGCACCACCUCUAGCUCCAGGCGCUUCUGCACCUGGACCGUAUAUGUUAGGUGGGGGUACGCAACAACAACCACCCCAACAACCACCACAGCAGCAGCAGCAGCAACAACAACCGAAGUCACAACAACAGCAAAAGCAACCAAACCUACUUGUCGGUGCAUCUCGUUCAACCACGCCUAUGAGCCACGUUUCACAAAAGAGUGGUUCACCCGAUAUGAUAGCCCAGCAGCAACAGCAUCAAGGCCAACAUCCGAAUCAGCACACUGGACAGGGAGGCAGCUCGCGUGAUGCCGCCCAUAAGCGACAAAAUCACCAAAAUCGUGGUGGCAACAAUCAACGUAACAAUGACUUUUAUCAACAGUCUCGUGACCGACGCGAUUCCGGACGCCACAUGGACGGUAACUACAAUAAUCAGCAUCAUGAUCUGGCACGUGGGGGCAACAAUUAUAACAAUCAACGUAAUAACCAACGUGGAGGUGGUGGCGGAGGUGGCGGACAAAGUCAUACUUGGACCAUGCACCGCGGUGGACCUAAUAAUGGUAACAAUAUGAUGGUACGCAACCGGGGUGGUGGCCGUGGACGUAUGCAAAAUCAAGGCUUUCGACCAAUGGGCGGUCCUGGUGGCAACCAAAAUAAACCACGGAAUCCGAAGAAUACUAUUAAAUUUUUGCAAGAUUUCGACUUUGAACAGGCCAAUGUUAAAUUCGAGGAAUUACGUUCGCAAUUGUCCAAACUAAAGGUGGGAGAAGAACCCAAAUCCGAACAGCUGAACGGGGAAACAGAUAAAAAGGACGAUUCUGGUAAUGAGACUGGUGCUGGCGAACAUGAGCCAGAAGAAGAGGAAAUCACUGUUGGAUAUGAUAAGACAAAAUCCUUCUUUGAUAACAUUUCAUGCGAAGCAGCACAGGAUCGCAGUAAGAAUAAGAAAAAUGACUGGCGUCAGGAGCGCAAGUUAAAUAGUGAAACAUUCGGAGUUUCAUCCACAAGACGUGGCGGUUACCGUGGUCGUGGCAACUAUUACAAUCGUAAUAUGGGCUCUUAUGGUGGCUACAAUCGUAACUAUCGUGGUGGAAGUAAUUAUCGUAACCGUACCAGAAAUCCAAAUGUUGCCUCAAAUAACUCAAAUGGCGGUACAACUAAUGCUAAUAAUAAUGGAAAUCCCGUCGCAUCUACAAAUGCUAACAACGGUGCCAACACGGCGGUAGCACUCAAAAAUCAGGCGCAACAACCACAGACAACAGGGUCAGCGUCUGUUUCAACGCCCAAUGCUACGAAGCCAGCUGCUGUGGAAAAUAACAAUACCCCGCAGCCAAUCGCUGCUGGAGCUGGUAAGUAGUAGAGUAGGCACAAC